CGGCCUGGGGGACCUUCGCGAGCCGGGAGUCGGCCACGGAUCCCCGCCUGCAGGUGCGCCCGUACCCCGCCGCGGUGCAGGGACACGCGAACUUUGGCCCCGCCCCGGCCCCGCCCCGCGGGCUUAUUUACAUGAGGCCGCCGCCCCGCCCGCAGCGCCUAAAGCGACGUGUCCUUGUCCCCCGUGGACAGCCCCAGCGCGUGCGGCCACGGACCUCAGCUCCGAAGGCCCGCCCCCAGAGCCAUUGCCCCCAGGACAACCAGUCUGGAGCCAUGAAGACUAAGAACCGGCCCCCCCGGCGCCGGGUGCCCCCACAGGAUGCAGAGGCCGCCCCAGGGGAGCGGAGGCCCGACAGGCUGCAGGGGCCGGGGGGCCGGCGGGAGAGCAGCGUCCAGCGGCGGCUGGAGAGCAACGAGCGCGAGCGGCAGCGCAUGCACAAGCUGAACAACGCCUUCCAGGCGCUGCGCGAGGUCAUCCCGCACGUGCGGGCCGACAAGAAACUUUCCAAGAUCGAGACGCUCACACUGGCCAAGAACUACAUCAAGUCGCUGACCGCCACCAUCCUGACCAUGUCCAGCGGCCGCCUCCCGGGCCUGGAUGGGCCCGGCCCCAAGCUCUACCAGCACUACCAGCAGCAGCAGGCAGCCGGGGGCGGGCUCGGGGACUCCGAGGCCCAGCCUGAGGGCCACCUGCAGAAAUACUCCACGCAGAUCCACAGCUUCCGAGAGGGCUCCUAGUGCCCCUGCGUCACCGGCCGCCUGGCCUGCGCAUCGGGCCCUUGGCCCUCUGCCACGCGGCUCCGUUUUCCCUGCAGGCGCAGCCGCCUCCCCAGGCACCACCUGGCCCCCAGAGACAAGACCAGUGAGUAGCCUGAUGGAGGCCGUGGCUCUGGGCAGCCUGCGGCCCAGACCUCAUUAAGGUCCCAGGAUCUGCUUUAAUUUAAUUGGCUAGGCAGGAGCUGGCUGGCCCUUGUAACUAAAUUCUCUUCACUCUUGGCUCCCUCCUGAGGCGAGGGGAGAUUCCAGGAAAAGGUUUGCUUGGGUAAGUUCCCCAGUUACUGAUGAGGCCGAGGCCCAGGGAGGGACCUCCCCUCAUCUGCAUCAUAGCCCCCUCAUUCGGGGUAAACUGAGGCACGGAGCAGAGAACACCCAAGGCCUCAAGGCAGGAGUGGCUGAGCAGAGGUGGUUGGAGCAUCUAGCCCAGCAUCCAUCAGAAGCCCUAAUCAGAGUCCCUCAGAUUGAUUCUAAAGGGACCUUUUCGGCGAGAGGGGCUGGGUGGGGUCUUUGCUCCCUCCUCUCAGGUGGGGGCUCCUGACUGUGGAGGGUCUGAGCCGGGUCCGAGGGUCUAAGGCCUGGUACUGAGGGUGUUGGAGACACGGCUGGGCAGACUGGGGAGAGAGGCCCUGGUUUCCCAGAGCAGUCAGGGUUCUCCUGAGGGGAGAUGGUCUGUUUCCGGGCCUCCCUCCGGGUCCCACCCAGGUCUGGUGCUCACUGUCGUGUGUGGUCAUAUAAGUGGCAGAGGAUGGUCUGACAGGUCUUCAGGAUGUUCUUGGGUCCUGGUUGGAUUUGGGGGCCCUGCAGGGCUCUCAGCGGGGAGGAGCCUGGGGUGGCAGGAGCUCCCCUCCCCCACCGGGUGCUGCCCCUUAAAGGUGGACUGGGCAGCUUGGCAGGUCCCAGCCGCCCUGGGCCACGCUUCCUUCUGUGGUGUUCCUGUCCCACUGGCUCUGACAGGCUUGGUGACUUUGCUCUCAACCCUGCUGGCAGCUUCCCUCCCUUGUCCACCUGCCCACAGCCAAUAUGGGGAGGGGACAGGGCCCUUGGCAGCCUCAGGCAGAAGUGACAGGGACUUCGGAGAGGGUGGAGUUGGCCUGGCACAUGGGGCCAGGCCUGCCAGAGCCCAGAUCUGUCCCAGAGCCUGCCCGCUCUGGGCACUGUGGGUGGGGGCUGAGCCCGGCCCGGAGUGGGGCUGCCACAGCCGAAGGCCCAUUCCCGCUGCACAGCUGCCCCCUCCCAGCCCUGGCAGUCGUGGCCCCAGCCACUUAACGCACCGCCAGGCUCCGUGUCAGCCCUGGCCACAGCGAGGGCCGUGGGUGGCACCUGUGGAAACAGCCAUCAGGUGCUUCAGUCCUAACUCUCCACAUUAGACACCAGCUGGACACCACCCCAUCCCCUACUUCCCCCACCCCACCCCUCACCGCUAGGCCUCAGUGCCAGGCAGUCCCCCAUCAUCCCAGCCGUCCUUCAGCAUGGGUCAGGGAGUGCUCCUAGCCUGCCCUCCAUGGGUGGCCACUCAAGAAGGUCGGGGUCGGAAGCCCACCAAUGGGAGCUGAGAUUGAGGGUGACUCUGAGCUUGGGACAGAUGGGGCCCUCGCCUGCCCUGCUGGGGGUGGUCUGCCGGCUGGAACACAGGAGUGGGAGGCCUGCAAACCCGGCGGCUCCUGUUCCUGCUGCGCUGAGGCCAGAGCAGGGCUCAGUGUAUCCCUGAACUUGCAAAGGAGCUGACAAACUGAAAGCACAGGGGUGGGGGUGCCAGCAGAGGCUCUGUCCAGGAGAUCAUGCCUGGUGACCGGGUGCCUGCGGGUCACCACCUUGCAAGAUGACAGCCUUUGUGGCUCUUUCUCUCUGUCCCAAACUGGCACCUGCACCCCUCUGCUUCCCAAAGGGUCACCUGGGCCCAGAUGUCCAUUUCUUCUCCACCUGCACGGCCUGUAGACCUUAAAGGGCCCAGGCCAGGUUCUGGGUGUUAAUAUGGGGGGGGUGAUAAGGGACAAGGGGACAGGCCUGGUGACAGGCUGAGGCACCCGCUGCCGGGUCUGCUUUGUCCACCCUCGUCUUGGACUCCAAGCCUGGCUGGAUGGUUCCAUCCUGCCUGGCCCUCCCAAGCUCUGUGUUUCCUAAAGUCAGAGAGUCGCACUCUGAGCCUGGCCGCCUCUCGGACAUGUGGGGCCGCGGACUAGCCUGCAGACGGGACCUGCGCCAGCGUGAGCCGUGACCUCGGGGGCGGGACCCCACAGACCGCACAGAGACGCCAGAGCUGCGACUUUUCUGCCUGGGAAAACCUACCUGGAACUGAACGGCCAGUGCCCCGCUGUAACUGUGGUGAACAGGUUUCUUAAAUGACCCAAAUUUGCUUUUAUUUUUCCUAGUGGCCUCUUCAAAGUACUAAUGAAACCAAAAUAAAAGAUUUCCUGGCAAUUGCCACUUCUGCCCCACGCUCCAGUGGGAACUGCAUUUGAAUCAUAAUGUAGCAAUAAAGACUGUUGCAUCCUUGA